UUUGGAUCUUGUUUGCAGCCGGACCCGAGGCAGGAUCUUGACACGAGUAAUGGAAGCAAUGGUGGAAGGCCGAGAUUCGUGCCUGUAACGGCAUUAGAAGAUGUCCAAGCUGUUCGUUGCGCGGAAUUCCACCCGCAAGGAAAACUGUAUGCCGUGGGAUCAAACUCGAAGACCCUAAGAAUAUGCUCUUAUCCAAAGCUACACGAUGUCAGAGAAAAUCAUCAGACGUAUCAGCCCACGGUUCUCUUCAAGAGAACGAAACACCACAAAGGUUCGAUAUACUGUCUCGCGUGGACACCGGAUGGACAGCUGAUGGCCACCGGCAGCAACGACAAAACGGUUAAGUUGAUGCGGUUUAAUGCAGACACGUCGAAUCUUGAAGGUCAAGAGGUCGAGCUGACGAUGCAUGAUGGCACGGUCCGCGACCUGUGCUUCCUGGAGGAUACCUCGAACAAGUCGAGCCUGUUGAUCAGUGGCGGAGCGGGCGAUUGUAAGAUUUAUGUGACUGACUGCGCGACUGGCACACCUUUCCAGGCGUUGAGCGGUCAUAGCGGUCAUGUGCUCACCCUCUACAAUUGGGGUGGCGCGAUGUUCGUGAGCGGCUCGCAGGACAAGACGGUUCGGUUCUGGGAUCUCAGAACGAGGGGUUGUGUGAACAUGGUGACGCCGGCAACGGUUCCUGGUAGCAGGGUCGGAAGCCCGGUAGCGGCCCUGUGCGUUGACCCGUCCGGACGUCUUUUGGUAUCCGGUCACGAGGACAGCAGCUGCGUCCUCUUCGACAUCCGAGGCGGUAGGACCGUGCAAUGCUUUAAGCCGCACGCCGCCGACAUUAGGAGCAUACGCUUUUCACCUUCCGCCUACUAUCUACUCACCGGUGGUUACGAUAACAAGCUUGUCCUGACCGAUUUGCAAGGCGACUUAACGAUGCCCUUGCCGAGCGUGGUUGUCGCGCAACACCAGGACAAAGUAAUAUCCGGUCGAUGGCACCCUACGGAAUUCUCGUUCCUCAGUACCUCCGCUGAUAAAACAGCAACCCUGUGGGCUCUACCACCUGUUUAGACAGUGAAACGCUGAUGAAACGCGUUGAUCACUCGUAUAUUACACUUGUUCACGAACAGUUGCCCUAAAGUGGUCAUGAUCGUUCGUUCCUCUUUUCCCUCAUUUAAGGCUAUUCGAUUUCAUACAAUAAUAAAAACGAACUAAAUUUUAUUUAUGAUCAUAACACAUGAUUCGUCUUUUCUUAAUUAUACUUUUCCGUCAGAGAAGAUUGAAUAUCAUUACCGGAAGCGAGAGAACGAACGAUCACGAACAAUUUCGUUGCGAGCGUGUUAAAGGGAGAAAAAGGUAUCACGUGUUCGUGCAUAUAAUUCAACCAUGACCAAUUCCUGGCGCACGAUCGCGACUAGCAUAUCAUCAAGCGCAUUAAGAUCGUGAAACGCGAUCAAGGUGUCAUGCGUGAAACAAUAUAACACACGUCACGCAGAGCGAUGUUGUUUACGUGUUACCAAAACGUUACACGCUUGGAUGAUCGGACGAGAAAAGAGUGAAAGUGCAUUUUCGCGUAAAGACAAGUGUAACGAGGGUUCUAAACGCGAAUCGUUUUUAUCGGCAAGUAGGCGUCGUUUAGGAAUCAUAAGACUGCGGAAGAACCGACAAGAAAAUUUCAUCCUUUGAAGAUACUUAAUGAGCCGAGUACGCGGGAGAUGAUACGUUCAUCGUUUACGAACAAGCUGUAGCUUCCUGUGAAAGCAACGCAUCUUCGAAAACCGAAUACUUAGGUGUUUCUUUGUAGAAGAUUUACGGUACACGUAAGGUUUGUCAACUUUCUGUUUUUUUCAUCAAGUUUUUUCGCGGUCAUGUGUUUUCCCCUGAUGUACAUACAUACGUGUAACGUAGUAUUAAAAGCGAUAUCUCGGGCGACGGAAACCUUGCAUCCCGACGAACGCAAUCGCCCUUUGAAUGUAACUUUUAGGUUCUGAAUGCUCUCUUUUUAAUUGCCGUUAUUUUUAAUCGCGAAUACUUAUAUUGAUAUAUGUAUGAAUAACAUUUGUGUAAAAUUUACCCGCGACAUAUUCAUCGAUUACCCUGCCUGCUUGAGUACUUUUUUUAUUUCUUUCCGUGUGUUAAUCGUAUCUAUUAGUUAUGCCUGUUUUCUUAUUUAAAUUUUAUCGAACGACGCGUCUCCCCUCACCCUCGAAUCAUCCUUGUCUUAUCGAUCCCCGAAGUCACGCCAAAUAUUUGCAUAUUACGCAUACGUAUUAUAAUAUAUGGAUACAUCUAUCUCGUAUUAAGAGAAUCAACUAUAUACUUACGUACGCUCAUUACUAUUCGCUAUUUUUUAUCAAGAGAGUAAAAAACGAGAAUCGCGAUUUGAAACUCGACGUUUCAUUAAGUCCCAAUGUCGUGGUGAUAGGCAUUACGUUGUCACUUGCCGCAAAGCCAUCGGUUUUUUGCGAACCGUAAACAAAAAUGGGGAAAUACAGAGAAAGUCUGGCGCUACUCGAGCCGGCGAAUGAAUCAAAUUUUCUUUCUUUGUACAUAUUUACAUUUCUGAGAGAUUUACCAGAUAAGAGUAAACACGGUCGUGUCUCUCCUGUCAUUUUAAAUGAACGAACAAACGAUUUGAAUCAUCCAUCUUCCUAACUCAUUCUCUGCGCAUCAAAUAAUUGGGACACAUCUCAUCAACGCACGCGCCUAAACGCAAAAUGAGAUUGAGAAGAACGCGUAAACAGGAAAUAACUGGGAACAAAAAAAAUGGAAUGCUUUAACAAAUCGAAAAGUGAAAAUUGUCGUGCUUAAUGCAGCAGCAAAUUAUUUCCCGUUGCACGAUACUGUCUCGCGAUCGAUUCUUUUUACUUCAUCUAGCAUCGAAGUAGGAACACGUACUGAUCAAGAGGAAAGUCGAUAAAGAGUAACGAGUAACGCGUGCGAAUACCUGCUUCCGUGUAGCAAUUUGUCGUGCCUUCUAUCGUGGCUGCUUACGGCGAUUCGCAUUUAUUUUUAUAUUUUUCGUGUCCUCCACAUCAGAUCCCUCUACCCCGUAUACCUGCACACACCGUCACCGCCCCACACUUCCCAUUUCCCACUACACCUCCCAAUAAAUAUCAUUACAUAUAAAUCGUAUAAGAAACCGGCUGACGAACCUGAUUAAUAAUAUUCAUCCCAUCGAACUCUCGUAAAAAGAAACGCUGAGAUAAACAAAUCUUCGCUAUCUCGUACGAUAAUUACCGUAUUAUAAUAUAAUAUAAUAUAUAUAUACAUAUGAUAUACAUAUAGCAUAACUUAUAACUUUGUACUUUUCCUGUAGAUACGACAUAAUACUGUCACGUCUAAUUUAAACAAUAAAAUUUACGUUAUUAAA